UGAAAAAUUUUCAUUGGAUCAGCUUCAAAAUGGAAAUAUAUUGGAAAAUAUAAAAUAAGGGAUUAGUGAACAAACUCAAGUGUAAAACUCUUAAUCUAGAUGUUUAGCUCGUUUGAUAAAUGUUUUAAUUUGAAAACGAUCAAAAUGCUGCCUUUUUGUCGACAGGCUGAAUUAAUGGGAAUACAUUUGGAAGAAAACACGAUGAAAUUCAAGGUUUUCACCGAGUGCGUUUUGUGCUGAAAAUUUUUGGUAACAAAAAAAUAUAUACAAAAAUGAAUUUUAUCAGCAAAGCCUAAGUAUUAAACCCAGCAAGGAAUUACAAGCAAGGACGAAUUUGGUUUUAAAGAGUUUGUGAGAUUUCCUACAAUCUGUAAAGCUAACAAUAACAAAAACGAAAGUAGUGUGUGCUACGAUUAAAAUGUUCUGACUGUGCCUAGUAUGUGUGAACUACACAGAGGAAAUUUAGUUUAACAGAAGUAAUCAGAACGGAUUUAAGUGCAGGCGGCUUUGCGCUCAGUUUUCUUACCGUUGCUUUGCUUUAUAGCAUAAUAUCUGCCCCUCGGAAGCACUGCAUUUUCCAAGGCAGAUAAAAAGUAACGGCACUUGGCGAUCGAAGAGACCUUGCUUUAACGAUUCAUACCGCGGAGCUGAUGCCAACUUCGCCCCUGUCGUAUUGGAAUAUAGGAAAUAGCUUUAAGUACUUGAACGUCGUGGUAAACAAUUUAGAAAGUUUUCGGCAAGUCAUUGGUUCAAUACUACCUUACAUUUGCGGAAUUCGGAGCGGCUUGAAAAAAUUAUAAUUGCGCAAUAUUUCUCCAAAUAAAUUGGUAACGCAUACAAUUUUUUGGAUUGCAAUGGUUUCCGUAGAUCUUCCAUAAAUUUUCCGUAUAUAUCUUUUUUAAUAUAAUAUAUGCGAAGUGAUAAUCAAGAGAAAAUAUGCAAAUAUUAAAAAAAUAAAUAACAUUCUGCCAAAUAGCCGUGCAAUCACCAUAAUUUACAGACAAAAAGUCAAAUUGACGGACUGUCGCUUAAACAAAUAACAUAGAAGCAAGCGGUCACAAUCGUAAUAUAAUGACAUUAAUUUCCUGGAGAAAUUAAAAAAAAGUGUAGCAUUUGCUAAAUUAUUUUGACCAUCAUUAGCAAUCAAGUUGUGUUUAGCCAGAUUACGAGGAAAAUUGCAAUAACGUAAGCAAAGAAUAAACGAAAUAUCAACGGGCCGACAUGAAGUACAUUACAGGAGAGAGUGGUGGUAAUAAUCACAACAUAUGUGGAACCAAUGACAAUUCUGAUAAAGAGAGCGAUUUUACUAAAAAUCACAUCUCAUUCAGUGAGCAGGUUAGCACUGUAACUAAUUUUUUUGAAAGCUGGAAUGAUUGCGAGCGAACAGUUGUUAUAUAUGCUCUGAUGAAACGUUUGAGAUAUCCUAGUUUAAAGUUCUUGCAGUACGCUAUUGAUCAUGCCCUUACACAAAGCUUAGGCUCAGAGGCUAAUCUCAGUAGCGUUAUCACCGACAUAAAUGCGAACAACCCAUCGUAUUUGCAAAAUCUAUUAAACGCCUACAAGACGUUGCAUUUGAAUGAUGCCGUGGAUGCUUUGACAUCCGGGUCGACAGACAAGGAAUCCACUCCCUGCUAUGGCUCUGAUUUUCAAAUUACAAAUUGCGAUGAACGCAAGUUUUACGAAAAAAAGAAAGAAAUAUUAUGCGAGAUGCUAAACAUGCUACCGCUAUUAAAGCCGGGAAACGAUGACGCAAAGUUAGCUUAUUUGGCUCUUAUUCCAGCAGCAGUUAGGGAUACUAUGAAUCAGCGUGUCCCCACGGAGUUGGUCCAACAAAUAUUCUCAUACAUGCUUAUUCACCCCGCUACAAGUAACGAAGACCGCCGAUCGCUAAAUGUUUGGUUACGACAUUUGGAAGAUCACUUGCAGGCUACAGAAAAGUUGACAGAACCAAAAAUACCCAACAACUAUACCAUGAAUCAGAAUAUAACAGUUGGUUCGGAUGCAUCAGUUUCGUCUCUGACAUCGUCCUCGUCUAUGUCAAACAAUUCGAUGUCAUCGUCUGGCAGUUUGGCUACAGGUCUUGGAAUAAAUACUCAUGCAACGUUCCGAAAUGUUGAUUGGCAAACUAUUGCUCCCCCAAGCAAACAACACCAGCACCACCCACUACAAAAUCCGCUUCAACAACCAAAGUCAUUGCCGGACUGGUCUAGCUUCGUGCGGAGGGAUAGUGGAUUUUCUAGCACUGGUGUCUGCAAUUUAAGCGGUAUUAGCUCUAGCAGUAGUGGCAGCAGUUGUAGCAAUCGGCGAAACAGUAGCAUUACCGACCAACUCUGUGAUAAUUUCAAUGGUAUUAAUCUAAACGAAUUAGGAUCUAGUCAAAAUAAAUUGGGCCUGUCUUUGAAUAUUGCUACGAUUGGCAGUGAAACACAUGCAGAGGAAUCAUCAUUAGUCAAUGGAGUAGCUGCAGCAGCCGUUGCAACGGCUGGCACUGGAAUGCCUGCCCUCUUUGGUAAUAAUAAUAACCCAAUGAUAAAAAUCAUGAGCAGCAGUGGUCCUAAUAACGCCAAAUUAUGCGCCAGCAAUAGUACUAAUAGUUCCAACAACGAUGAGCAUGACACAUCCUUUUCCAAGAAUGGCACUGAAAUCGUCGACUUUGAGCCUCAUAUCAUUAUUAAUGUCAGUGAUGAGUGCAACAAUGGUUCUUCGGCAUCUGUAAGUCAAGACCAAAAUGGAACCGGUACCGUACAACAAAAGUCGUUGCAGCCCCAAAUGGCGUAUAGUUCGGUGCUGGUGAGUAAUUAUGAACAAAUGGAUGAGACACGCUGGAGUUUGGAUGGAAAGCUGGCUGCAUUUAAGACUCGUCGCUCAAAUAGCCUUACGACGCAAGCUAUAUCCACGUCCUCCUCGUCCUCCAAUUCUUCGGUGAUUACUGUCAAUGAUAAUUGUUCAAAUUCUACCGAAAAUUUGGCACAGUUUGCGAAUAAACCGCGAAGUUUCUCGCUUUCAAUAGAACAUCAAUGUGGAGUUUUAGCUAAUAGUGGUUCGGAUACCCGACUCGAUGAUUUCAAGCCUGGCUAUAUAAAAUUUCAAACGCGAAAUGUUGGCAUGUCAAAUAUUGGGUUGUGGUUGAAAUCUUUACGGCUGCAUAAGUACAUUGACCUAUUCAAAAAUAUGACUUACGAAGGUAUGUUAUGCAUCACAGAAGAAUACCUGCAAGGUCUGGGCGUCACCAAAGGUGCCUCGCACAAGCUGGCUCUAUGCAUAGAAAAACUAAAGGAUCGUGCGAAUCACCUAAGCAAACUAGAGAAAGAUUUGCUAAAUGGUCAAGCAAAAAUACAAACCGCAGUGGAGGAUUUGGCAAACAUGGUCCUUUCACCAAUGAAACCUGUGGAAGCUGUUACAUGCGGAACCAAUGAAGAUAAUGUAGCGCUCAGCUUUUUGAAAGUUGUUGAUUUGGUGGGCUCGAUGAUUCAACAUGACUCUUGCGCACCUCAAGAUGAAGAAAGUAUUAAUGUUCUAAUGUGGGUACUUGACCGUUCGGUACACAACGAGGCUUUUGUGAAUCAUUCAACUCCACUUAAAGAAUUGAAGUUCAAACUCUCAAAGCUGAAAAUGUCAAUUGGCCAUAAGGCGCACCACGUCAAAAAUGGAAGUGCGGGAAGUUUAAGUAAACCUAGGUGGGGGGGUAAAUCUCGCAAAUGUGACAUAAAGAAUGGAAGCAAUGACCGCAUCAACCAUAGGAAAAAUUCGAACGAUACGCUCAAUUUCUCAACGAAUUGCGCGCCCACAAAUCAGCAGCAACAUCAUCAUGUCAAUCACUCACAACCAGGUGAUUACGAAAAAUUCACCCAUAUAAUUAACGGAAGCGUAGGUGGUAACAACAGCAGCAAUGGCGGUGUCUCACAGCAUCAAUACAAAAGUUCAUCAUACCCCAACUUCAUGAGCAACCAACAUCAGCAGGGAAAGCAGCAACACCACAAUCAUUCACAAUUAACGCAACAGCAACAGCAACCACAGAUACAACCAACAGGUUUGCCGCAACACACACAUUUCCCCGCGUUGCCCUCUCAUCAACAACAGCAACAACAACAACAUCAUCGAAGAUCUCUCAACAAUUUAAUAGUGGUGUCUGGAGGACCCCAACAACCGCAGAAGAUGGCUUUUAAACCAGGUCAAGGAAUUAUUCCCGCAGUAUCGUCAACCACCGAUGGUCAAAUGCGUCGAACUAGCCUCACGACAGCAAUCGGCAACCAAAGCAGUAGUAAUGUCAAUUUAGGACCAACAUUUACACCAGGUAUUGGAAAUGUAACCGCGAGUGCCGAUUCUUCACAACAACUACCAAAGGUGGCGCAAACACAACAUCAACUGCAGCAGCAACAACCGCAAACAAAUACAAUGACAACAGUUGCCAUGGGGAACUUGCCAAAGUUCGAAGAGCACUUCACCCUAUUCUAACACAAUGCGAAGUGUAGUAACCGCACGCCCAAUACUCGUAGAAUCACAAUUCAGUUAAUGUUUGUGGUUGCGAUGGUCGACUGUGUGUGUAAUCAUUAAACAUGUAAAUUAUUUGUGUUUACUUUCCUAGUUUCCAUUGUAAUUUCUAUUCUAUUGGUGGAUAAAGAAACACUGAAAAUUGAAAGGAUGUGCUAAUCGAAAUAGAAGAAGUAAUUAGAAAAAAUGCAUCGCGACGAUGAGACUGACUAAAAUUACUUUCUGGUAUUAGGAAUAAACGAUUAAAAUGCCCAUGAAAACUCUGACGCUCAAUUGUUAACACUAAUUCAAAUUGAAUAAAGAGGGGCGGAUGUAACCUGGAUAAAACUUAUCAAUGUCGGGCAUCACUCUCAUACGGAACGUAAUUGCUGAAUUUAAUUUUAACUAAAAAAACAAACAAAAAAUACAACAAAGUAAGGAAUUUAGUAUGAAAACGCUUAAAUAUUUUAUUAAGCCCUUUAGAAGGAAUGAGAAAAGCUUUGAAAUUUUUGACUAAUCAAGAAAAACUGUGUAAAGCUGAACUUUCAUUCAAAUUAUACGUAUAUGCGCAUGUAUUCAAAACAUAUAUAUUGCAAUAAGAAGUCAACUAUAUAAAUAUUAUUGCUAAGUUGAAAUUAUAUAGUCAUAUAAACAUUUUUGUAAGCUCCUUGCGCAGCAUCUCGACAUAAUAGCUGUUUAUAUGUAGUGUAACCUGUUUUGUGAUCAAGGAUUAGUGAGCGGAUGGGUGCUGCGCAAAAUGGGGCACAUAUACAUAGAUACGUAUGUUUCCACGCUCGGGCUGCUGUUUAUAUUUUUAUUUUGAAACAUUUUAACAUGAUACCUAUUUUAGUGUAUUGUAUUGUAAUUUCACAUAUAUUUGUAACUGUAUUUAUAUGUAUGCCUUUAAGUGUUUAUUAUACGAGAAAAUUAUGACCACGAUAAGCCCACAACGAUCACCAUAUAAUGCUACUUUUCUAUUGGAUCGCUCGUAUAGGUGUCCCUCCUUUGCCGAGGGAUUCUUAAAUGCUUGCAUGGCAAGAGCGAGUAAAAAGAAGUUGUAGUUUUUGUAAAUAUAAAGGAAAAUUUAUUAUUAAUUUAGAGUAAUAA